AUGAAAUUGCUUACUGAUGAUGAGAUCGAUGCCCAUUGGUGGGUUGUUGCUGAAGGAGGGUUGAUUGGGCUUGCUGCCGGUCUACUGGCCACCGGGGCCAUCUUCAAGUACGGUGCAUACAAGUACCCUGGGUUCCCAAAGAACUUGCCAUGGUCCAUCAGAACGGCGAUCUUCAUCUCGCCACCAACGGUGGGUAUCACCAUUGGUGCGGAGGAGGCGUCCAAUGCAUUUGAUAGAGAGAUGUACUCCAACGACUACAACGCAAAGCUCAAGUUGGAGGAGCACAAGAGAUGGGCAGAGCUGCCAUUGAGCCAGAAGUUCGUGCAAGGUGCUGCCAACAACAAGUACAAGAUCAUUGUUGGUGCAUGGGCCGCUUCCAUGUGGGGGUCAUGGGUCUUCGUGGACCGUGAUCCAAUCAUGACGAAGACUCAGAAGAUAGUGCAGGCCAGAAUGUACGCACAGUUCCUGACCGUGGGCUUGCUCUUGGGUUCUAUUGGGUUGAGUAUGUACGAUGAGAAGCACAACGCUCCAGCCAAGGUUGAAGAGCUGCAAGGCUGGGAGAAGGUGCUACUUGAAGAGGAGGAGAGACAGAAG